AUGCCUGACCCGGCCCCCAUCCCAGAAGGCUAUGUUGACAAUCUCACCUCAAUCCAACAAGAGAAGCUACAACAAUUCUGGAAGAUCCUCCAACAAUCAUGGGACUCUACUUUAGUCAGCCCAGGCGACGCAAAUUCAGUAGCAAACUCAAGUACAAGUCCGAAAGCUCGCCGGCGUUGCUUCUCCUUCAGUCGCUCCCCAACUGAACCCACCGACGAAGGACUAUCUACAAUCCCACCAAAUCUCCUCUCUUCUCUGAAACGUCUGGGCACAACCGGGAACGACCUCCGCACAAUCCAAUCCCUCCUCAACAAGUUCCCAGGUGACCAGCUUCGCGCAGCCUUUCUGUCAAUCCUCAAACAAGACCACCCAGACGCUUUAUGUCUACGCUUUAUACGCGCAGAAAAAUGGGACGUCCCCAAGGCGUGGAUCAAGUUCGUGCGCGCUCUCAAUUGGCGCGUAAACGAAUACAAAGUCGAUGAGGUGAUGUUCAAAGGCGAAGAAUACGCAUUCAAACAUUCCAAGAUAGAGGGCGACUCACUCGAGAAGAAGGAUGCCGAGGGAUAUCUACUCCAGGCUUACACCGGUAAAGGACAUUUGCACGGAAUCGAUCUCGAAGGCCGACCUAUUUGUAUUGUUCGGGUACGGACUCACCAGCCGGGAACUCAAACAACAAAAGGAUUAAAUGAUUAUAUUAUCCAAUUAAUUGAGCUCGUGCGGCUAUUGAUGGUUCCCCCUGUGGAGUCGAUGGCUAUCGUUUUCGAUUUGAAUUCUUUCUCCAUCUCAAACUGGGAACUGGCGCCGGUAAAGUUUAUUAUUGACUCUUUUCAGGAAAAUUACCCGGAGUCAUUGGGUGCUAUGAUCUUCUAUAAUGCGCCUUGGAUUUUCUCGGGCUUCUGGAAAAUCAUUAGCGGUCUCCUUGAUCCGGUCGUCGCUUCCAAGGUCCAUUUUGUUACUGGUGCCAAGGAGCUGGAGAACCUUGUACCGGCAGAGCACAUUAUCAAAGAGCUUGGUGGUCCGGAAGACUGGGAAUGCAAAUACAUUGAACCUCGGCCCGAUGAGAACGAGAGACUCCAUGAUACGGCGACUCGGGAUAUUAUUCUUGAAGAAAGGAAAUCGCUAGGUGAUGAUUUGUUCCGUAUGAAUGCGGAGUUAAUCACUAGCUCCAAGGAUGAUUCUUUGAUCGGUCGUCGAGAUGUGGUGAUCAAACAGUUGUCGGAUAACUAUUGGCGACUUGAUCCAUAUAUCCGAGCUCGUAGCCUUUUGGAUCGCACUAGGGUUAUUCAAGAGGGGGGAAAGAUUGACUUUUACCCUGAGCCAGAAGUUGAGCUUACCAGUGAUGUUGGAGAGAAGACAGCAGUGGAGGAGAGCAAUGGUACACAAUUGGCUACUGUAGCGGCUUGA